CUUAGUUCCAGUCCAGCGGGAGGCGCUAAACAUGUACGUUUGUUUGACAAACACCAUUUAACCUCAGAGGAAGAAGUUCAGUUUCGCCGCGCUCUCUGUUGUUGUUAUGUCGGUGUGCUGCCUUAAUACAAACGGUUAGACACGUUUCUAAGAGAAAAAAAUAGUUUUUGAAUCAGUUCAGUAAAAUACCUGUAAUAUUCUCAUCCUAACAAUCGUGACUGAGUUUUGAAGCGAGCAAGAAUAUCUGGAGGAGUUUAUCAUCUGAACUGAAAUCUGCUGCCAUGAAGAUGCAGUUUGUGAAAGAAGAGAGAGAAGAGAACACGAGUGAACCAGACACCAGCACAAUAAAACACGAGGAACCAGAAAUGCUGAGAAUAAAACACGAAGAUCCAGGAACCUGGAGAAUAAAACACGAGGAACCAGAAACCUGCAAAAUAAAACACGAGGAAAAAGAAUCCUUGAGAAUAAAACACGAGGAACCAGAAAUGCUGAGAAUAAAACACGAAGAUCCAGGAACCUGGAGAAUAAAACACGAGGAACCAGAAACCUGCAAAAUAAAACACGAGGAAAAAGAAUCCUUGAGAAUAAAACACGAGGAACAAGGAGAGUUCAUUGAAGAAAAAGAGGAAAAUGAAGAAUCAAGUCCUCAAGAGAAGCAGAACGCAUGUGAUCAGUGCGAUAAAAUGUUUUUAUGGGCUUCACUUCUGAAGAAACACUUGAAAGUUCAUGCAAAGAAGAAACCACAUUCAUGUCAUUUGUGUGGUAACAGUUUUUUGCAUGUACAAAGUUUGAAAGAACAUCUUCAGAUAAUACAUACUGGUGUAAGAGAGUACGUGUGCUCUGAGUGUGAGAAGACUUUUAGUUCAGCAAGCAGUUUAAAACAGCACGAGAGGAUUCACACUGGAGAGAAACCUUACAAGUGUUCACACUGUGACAAGAGAUUCAGUAAAUUAUCAACUCAGAAAAUACAUGAGAGGAUUCACACUGGAGAGAAACCUUAUAAGUGUUUACACUGUGACAAGAGAUUCAGUAAAUUAUCAACUCAGAAAAGACAUGAGAGGAUUCACACUGGAGAGAAACCUUACAAGUGUUCACACUGUGACAAGAGAUUCAGUCAAUCAUCAACUCUGAAAACACAUGAGAGGAUCCACACUGGAGAGAAACCUUAUAAGUGUUCACACUGUGACAAGAGAUUCAGUCGGUUACCACAUCUGAAAACACAUGAGAGGAUCCACACUGGAGAGAAACCUUACAAGUGUUCACACUGUGACAAGAGAUUCAGUGUGUUAUCAAGUCUGGAAACACAUGAGAGGAUCCACACUGGAGAGAAACCUUAUAAGUGUUCACACUGUGACAAGAGAUUCGGUGAUUCAUCAAGUCUAAAAAAACAUGAGAGGAUCCACACUGGAGAGAAACCUUAUAAGUGUUUAAUCUGUGACAGGAAAUUCAGUGUGUUAUCAAGUCUGAAAACACAUGAGAGGAUUCACACUGGAGAGAAACCUUACAAGUGUUCACACUGUGACAAGAGAUUCAGUCAGUUAUCAAGUCUCAAUACACAUGAGAGGAUCCACACUAGAGAGAAACCUUACAAGUGUUCACACUGUGACAGGAGAUUCAGCAAAUCAUCAAGUCUCGAAACACAUGAGAGGAUCCACACUGGAGAGAAACCUUACAAGUGUUCACACUGUGACAAGAGAUUCCGUCGUUUAGCAAAUUUCAAAACACAUGAGAGAUUUCACACUGGAUAGAAAGCACAUCACCGCAAUGUACGUGGGAAGCGUACAUUGGCCCGUACAUGCGGAGAUGCAUUUAGAUGUUUAUGUAAAUAUUUUGUUAGGUAUACGUGUUUCGUCCAGACGGAUCCAGCAUUUUGGGAGAAUGAAUUCACUAUUUCUUUGGGUCCCAGAGUGGAUAAAUCUGAAAAUGACACCUUUGGGUCUUUGUGUUCUGCCAAUCCAUAUAUUUUGUGAAACGAAGUCAUAGGGCUGUGAUGGUGGCUGAUUUUUACCACUGCGGUAGUCAUGGACCAACAACCGCGUGUGGCGCGGUGUUGAUAAAAAAAAUAAUAAUAAUAUAUAUUUUAUAUAUAUAUUAAUGAAUGAAUAUAUUAGUCGCAGAAUGACUGAACAGGAGAUGUUUCAGACACACGCUCCUCUUCACUUUAUUAUCAGGUGCAAGUAAAGCGAAUCCGGAAACUGUCCUGUGCUCAAAGGCGCCAUUGCACGUUUCCUUUGUGCGUAUCCUUUCAUAUCAAACUGCGAAAUAAACUGUGCAAGCAGUGUCGUGGUCAGUUAAUUCAUGGAAUUACCAAAAAAGGUGAUUAAAGCUGACUUAAACUGUACAUGCAUAUAAUAUAUUAUAUAUAUAUUAUAUACAGGAUAUAUUUAUAUAUAUGUAUGCACGUCUAUGAAAUCAGCCCAGCUCUGUUUCACUCAUCUAACACAUUCUAUUUAACUUGUCAGUUUGUGUUUAUUUGAGAACUUCUGACAAAAUACUCAUUAUAAUCAGUGAUGCUACACUGGAAGCAGCACAACACGAUAUGAUAAAUCCCCGUCCGGUCUGUGAGGUACUGACACCGAGUCCAAAUGUCCUGUAUAGACACUAGACAGACUAAACCUGUCGCAAUGCGGUAGUGUUGCGUCCGGUUUACUUUUCCACCACUAAGCAAGCUCAGUAACUCCUCAUCUGCACGCGCUCUCUUUAAAAUAGGAAUCGUUGCCAUAUUUCUUGUUACCAUUUUUAUUUAUCGCUGUCUUGUUUGUAUUUGGCAAGUUUGGAGAAAGCCUCACUAAACCUGACCAGCCAGCGUUUGCGAUCACGAGAACUUGUGCAAACAUGGAUCAUAAAUGCAGAUGACUCAACACUAAAUUAAUUUGCUGAAUGCAAACUAUUUUCCUGAGCUCAAAUCUGCCAAUCUAAAGGAAGCGCUGUGUUUGAGGUAAUUUGUUAAUUACCAUAGACUUAGAAUUUGCAACUAUUACAGUUAUUACACGUAUAUACAAGAUUGUGUAUUAUGCUUGCUAUAGAGUGUGUGACGUCACAUGCACUACCGCCGGUGGCAGUAGACAACCGCGAUGGCAAACGACCACCGCGGUGACGCAGUUGUCACAGCAACCGUCACAGCCCUACAAAGUCAUCACCCCACUUCUCUACUAUUGUCAGACACCGCUACCUCAUGUAACACCAACAACAAUGGAGAACAUGUCUGUGUUCAUGCUGCAGAAGCUACUGAGCCUAUUAGCUUGAUUAAACUUACUAGUAGAGCUGCACGAUAUUGGAAAAAAAAACACACAUUGUCAUUAUUUGUUUUAACGAUGUAUAUUGCAAUAUGGAAAAAAAAAUAAACAGAUGACUUGAACUGCUCUAUUUGGUUAGGGUGAUUUUGUAGGUGAAUAAAGCAGCUAAGAAAAUAGGCGAAAUUACAAACAGAUAAAUAUAAUAGAUAAAUUAUAUGAAUUAAACAAAAAAAUGCUUUGUAUUCUUCAGGUAAGACCAACUGUUACUGUCUGUUACAGUCUAAUACAUAACUGCUGCGUUACAUUGCUGACAGAAUGCAGUGUUUAUAAUCUAGAGAUCGUAAAGAGGAUGUAGCUCACGCACUGUGAAGUCAAGUCGAUGCAACAGAGAGCGGCGCAGGACAAGACUUGUGUGUGCAGGACACAGGAAAAUAAAAUAAAAAAUAUCUAAACAUAAAAAAUCUAAAACAAAUAAAUUAUUUAUCUAUUGCACCAAAGCAAAAUAAACUAUGAAACAUAAACGAUUAACAGGUGCAAGCGUAUGCAGAGCUUCUAUUUAGGCUUUAACAGGGAUUGGUUUGUUGCAUGAUGAGACUGAUGCAAGAUACUGAUCCAAAAGCACAAGUUUUGUUAAUAAGUUUAAUUUAUUCCUGUAAUAUAGGCUAAGCGAGUUUUUCAUUAUUGUUGCAGUUUCCAUUUAAAAUAAAUAAAACAUUGAACAACAAACUAAGCAUUUGUUUUAAAAGGGGGAAAAUACCUUAUUUAUUUUGGUUACAAUUAGAGCCCGACCGAUAUGGAUUUUUGGGGGCCGAUGCCGAUGCCGAUAUUAACUUGAAAAGAGCCGAUUUAUAAGCCGAUAUUUUGAUUUUGAAAAUAAACUGGA